CUCUCCCUCUCUCUCACAAACAUACGCAAAAGAGGAAUGGCGUUAUGGAUGGAAGCGGGUUCGGAUCCCACCACUGAAUCCGAGAAAGCGGACCUUGAAGCUAUCGCUGCCCUCAAACAGUCUGCUGCCCUUGAACUCAAGGAAAAGGGUAACCAGUAUGUAAAGAUGGGUAAAAAGCACUACUCUGAUGCCAUUGAUUGUUAUACGAGGGCAAUUGAUCAGAAGGUUUUAAGCGACUCUGAACACUCGAUUCUCUUUUCGAAUAGAGCCCAUGUGAAUUUGCUUCUUGGAAAUUACAGACGCGCUCUCAUGGAUGCUGAGGAGGCAAUUAAGCUGUUCCCCGAAAACGUCAAGGCAAUUUAUCGAGCUGCGAAAGCAACUCUGUCAUUGAACUUGUUGGCUGAAGCGAAAUCAUUUUGCGAAAGUGGACUUGAACAUGACCCAAACAAUGAAGAACUAAAGAAGCUUGCAAAGCAGAUUGAUUCGCGGAGGUUGGAGCAUGAACAACGUGAGGCUCAGGUUUCCAGGGCUGUUGCUGAGGCUAAGGGCCUUGUUUCUGCCAUUGAAGAUAGAGGCUUGAAGAUUGGGAAGGCAAUGUUUCGAGAACUUACUGGAUUAAGGAAGCCAGCAUUAGAUAAAAAUAAUAUUCUUCACUGGCCAGUUCUUCUUCUGUAUGCAGAGGUUAUGUCCAGCGAUUUUAUUGAGGACUUCUGUGAGACCGACAUGUUUUUAGCUCAUCUUGACAUUAUGUUUUCAGAAAGUUGUCCACCAUUGCCAUGGGACAAACAGAAAAAUUACACCCGUGAAUCUAUUGAGUUAUACUAUGAGGCUGGUUCUGGAGUUUGUCUAUCAAAGUUAAAACUUCUUCAUUGUCUCCUUGAGGGAGCUGCAGCAUCUAAUUUAGAAAGUAUUGACGGAGUAGAGAAAGAUGCAUCUGAGGAUUCUAAUCAUGGAAUCUCUGCAGGCAAAGGCUCCAAAUGGGUGAAAGUGAAUGAGAAAAGAACACUUCACGAUGUUCUAAAAGAACCAAACUUUAUUAUUCCAGGGAUCCCAGUCUUUUAUGUUGUUUCAAAAAGCUCCAGCUUCUAUAAAGAGUUCAAAGCUGGGAAGUGGGCUCCUCCACCAUGAGUAAAUAAUUAAGGCAAUGAGUAACAAACAUCGUGAAGGUAGGUAGGCGAUUUGCUAGAAUGUUGCUUGUUUGCCACCCGUUUCAAGGAAAUGGCGUUAAACCUUGGACACCAUAUGCUGUUGCCACCAUCAUCAUCAUCAUCAUCAUCAAUGAAGACGAGGCUUUCUAACCUUCGAAAUGUGACAUUAAUUUAGGUACUUUCAAUAUUAUAAUGCUUGUACCAGAGAUUUUGAGAAAAAUAAAUAAAUUUUAUUGGGUCAA